AUGGGCAACCCUCUCUUCCCAGGCAAGGGCUCUCGGACCAGCGCCGCACCAGAGCCUGGGCCGUCUUCUUCCUUAUCCUCGUCCUUCAUCCCCGGUCUCCUUGGCGGCUCUUUCUCUGCUUCGAGCUCAAAGUACUCAAAGACGAACAACGAGUAUGACCCUUCUUACCACCCCGGAACCUUGAACCUCGGAAACACUUGCUUCCUCAAUUCCGUCAUUCAGGCCAUCGGCAACACGCGUGACUUCCGGCUUCUCGUUGAGGGCCCUCCUGUCCCCGCAUCAUACUUCGAAGAGCCACCGACAUCAACCACCGCUGCUCUUGUACCAUCUCGGCACAACCAAUGGCCCAACCGAGUCCAGAGUCCUGCUCUCCGUGUCAGUGAUAACGAGCACGGACGCCGUAUAGACCAUCCACCAAACCCAAAUGGCAGCCUCGACUCGUCACUAGCAUCUCUGAACACGCUCCCUGCGCAUGAUCCAGUCGCCACCAUCAAACCAGGCAAGCUGCCUUUGCCUGUUCCCGGUCCACUUUCUUCACAUCAGAACGGCGCUGCUCCGUCUACUUCCAUGUACGAGCCUGAUGCACUCGAUCUUCCACUCAACACCGCCUUCCGCCAUGUUCUCGAACAGUUCUGGACCGGCGCCCACAAGCCACGCAACUCGAUCAACAUCAACCCUAAGCGUCUGCUCAAUCAGCUAGGGAAAAAGUACGACCAGUAUCUUGAGUAUGGGCAGCAGGAUGGUCAUGAGCUCAUGCGCCACCUUCUCGACGCCUGUCGUAUGGAGGAGCUCGAUGUUAUCAAGAAGAUGCGUCCACCACCGCCCAACAAGAAGGCAAACCUCAAUCACGCUUCCUCUACGACAACAACAACAACAACAACAACAACAACAGCAGCAGCAGCAGCAGCAUCCACCACAUCGCCUUUGAACCGUCUCACACCUGCUGAUAUGGAGAAUGGUCAGAUCGUCUCGCAUCCAGCAGCAUCUUCUGCUAUAGAAGCAGAUGGUGUCAGUGCAGCACCGACCGAGGAGGAGCUUCUGCCCUUCUUAGAUCUGCUCUUCUGUGGCAAAUUGGCGAGCAUGGUCGUCUGUGAAGGGUGCAAGAAGGUCUCGCACACCUAUGAAGACUUCUACGACAUCAGUCUUAGUCUGCGCGACGAUGCCAACAACCCAAAGUCACGCAAACGAGACCGACUCCGCAGUAUGGCCGAUCGAUGGAGGAAAGCUACUCAGGGUCGCACCAUCAUGGAUCGCAAGUCGGCUGCUGCAGCUACCGCUGCCGGCUCCAACUCGAUCACUCCUGUAGGCACGCCACGCUACAGCGAGACAGAGGCAAGCGAUGCAGACUCGAAUGCGCUUCAGCGAAACAAGUCGGCGGCAAGCUUCCUCUCUCCUGAUGAAGGCCGUCGUCGGUUCCAGCUGCGUACGCGAAGCUUGCGCAAGAGCGGAGGAAGACAUGAGAAGCUAGGAGCUACAUCGGGAAGCGAGAUGGAGCCCGAUUUUCCCGACAUGGCUUCGCUCUCGUUGGCGCCGAGUCCAGGCUCCCGUCCUUAUAUCGAUUCAGCUCCUGCUUCAGCUGGCGAAGACAACGGAGAUGCACGCACCAACACAAGGGUGGCAAGGAUGCUCGGAAGUGUAACUACCGCAGCUGAUGCGAGCAGUCGUGAAACCAGCCCCAACCCGCCUCUGGGCCAUCGUACCGCCGCUACCGACUUUGGUGCGGGCAUGCGUCCACCUCUGUCCGCCAUCAAGUCUUCUUCGCAUCAGACUGCCUACAUCGCUCGUAUUAUGGCUGACGAUCCCGCUAGCGCCGCCAGUUCAGGAGCCCCUCGCAAGGCUGGUGCACCUUCGCCGUUGGCCAAUGUGGUCGCUGCAGCUGCCGCAGCACAAGGCAAGCCUAUCAACGGCUUCUUCCGUUCCCCAGGCGCAGGAGCACGUGCAAGAGACCCUUGCGCCGACUUUGAACCCGAUCCGAAGUCACAGGGUGCCAAGCGUCGUCAGAAGAUCCGCGAAGAGCAAGCAGCCACUGGUCUCAUCUCGUCGCUACGCCAGUUCACUAGUGCCGAAGUGCUCGAAGGUGAGAACAGCUUUGCGUGCAAGAACUGCUGGAGGCUGGCCAACCCGCCCAAUGCGCAAGAGCGUGAACAAAUCCGCAGCAGACGCAGGCGAAGAGGUAUUGCAGCUGCCGAAGAGGACGAUGAAGAGGGUAGCGAGCCAAGUAGCUCGGAUCGCGAGUCGGAUCGCGAAGGGCAGCAGAAGGAGAAGCGCGGUGGCAACGUAGAAUCAACAGCAGUAGCAGCAGCAGCAGCAGCAGAUGUUCCGCUCACCAAUCCGAAUGGCGUGACAAGUUCAGCUAGUAAGAGCACCCUGGCUAGCAGCGCUGACUCGGUUAUGACCGGGUCGAGCGCCUCGCAUCCAUCUCAUGUGCAAUCGGAUAUUCCGACCAUCUCGAUGACUUCAGCUGACGCAUCCACUGACGAUGUUCAGCUCAAGGUGCAAAGAUCUCACAGCGGCAGCAUCAACGGCGGCGCCGCUGGUGGUGACGUCGUCGCGAGGGACUACGCUGCUGGGCCAGGCUCGGUGUCUUCUAGCAAUGGCAGUUACGGUGUCGUGAUGCAUCGUGACACGGGCUCGCAAUCGAGUUUCAGCAGCGUUGAAGGCGCAGGAGCAAGGACAGGUCACGCGCGUGCAAACACUGACAAGUGCGGAUACGAGACAGGCACCGAGACCGACAUGUCCGGCUUCUCUACCGGUAUGAGCGAGUCCAAUGCGUCUACAGGCGAAGGUACGGACACAGAAGCAGAGGGCGAGGAUGGCAACAAGAAGCCUUCCUCGGCUUCAGAUCGAACCGGACCCAAGCGAUCUGCGCAGAGCCUUCCUCGUCGUGCACUCAAGCGCUAUCUCAUUGCUUCUGCUCCGCCUGUCCUCAUCUUCCAUUUGAAGCGAUUCCAGGCCACUGGACGAGGCUUUGUCUCUGGUCUGGCAGGCUUCAAGAAGAUCGAUGAUCAAGUGACCUUCCCCGAAUACCUCGACAUUACACCUUGGCUUGCGCCACCGAGGGAGGAGUAUGAUCGACGUGGACGAUUGAAGGCUUCGAGUGAUCCACUUGCGAUCCGACGCAGGGCGGAGGAGGAAGCGACCAGUGCCGGUGUCGAUGCUCGUCAUGUCAAAGUCCAAGUUUCACCUGCUCAUCGAAAGCACGGUGGAAGGAAAGGGAGAAAGCAUGGCAUGUGGUCGUGGCAUCUUAGCGAUCAUGCCAAGCAUCAAGACCGUGGUGCCGCUGGCGAAAAUGCAGUAGGUGCAGCGGGAGACCUCGAAGAAGGUCCCAAAGUGCAUACUUCGGGCGGAAAAGAGAUCGUCCCCUCCGUGAUUCGUAGACCUAAGACAGAGUACAGGCUGUACGCAGUGAUUGUCCAUCAAGGCUCGUUGUCUGCUGGACACUACACAGCAUACGUGCUUUCGGAUAGGGUCAAGCUGAAAGAAGGGCAGAAGGAGACGGUUGCUCGUUCAGCACCUACUAGUCGUACGAACACGCCUGCUCCUUCCACUGGUGGUGUGGUUGGUGGUCUGGGGCAAUUAUUCCUAGGCGGAGGCAGCGGAAGCAAGGACAAGCCUUCACGAACGAACAUGUCUUCCCCUGCACCCGUCCCUAUUCGUCCCGCAUCAGCUGCACCUUUGGCCUCGAACUCAGUGGCGAUGACCAGCAUACCUUCCAACUCCAGUGUUUCUGGUGCAUCAUCGCACGACACCGCACCCCAAACGUCCAUCUCUUCGCUCGACACGGAUUCAUCCCAACACUCUAUCGGAUCCGGUAGCGACGCUUCCAUCUCAAACCCCUCCUCUACAGGACCGAAACUCAUCCGUCCACGACCACAACUCAAACCAAUGGCCUCAUGGGACAGUUUAGACGAGCUGGAACAAUCCCACACCGCCCUUCCGCCCAAUCCCAACGGUGCUGCUACACCAACCAACCACCCAAGUUCGGGUUCAGUCACCCCGCUCGAGCCCACACGUGCGGUGCCUACGGUGGCUAGUCACAAUUCUAACGCGCACAGACAUGUCGAGCCGAAACUGGGGGGAGAGGGGGAAGAUGACGAUGUGGAUCCAAGAAAGAAAGACGAUGGUAGAAGAUGGGUUUAUACAAGCGACACCAUUGUAAGAGCGGCAACUAUUGAUGAGGUGUUGAAGUGUAAGGCUUAUAUGCUUUUCUAUGAGCGACUCUAA